AUGCCAAUACGGGAAAAAUCGGAGGAUAAUAAAAAUGGCAUGAUAUGGACGCACUUUGACACGACUCCCAUCAUGUCAACUUAUCUCGUAGCAUUUGUGGUGGUUGAUUACGUUCGCGUUCCUACUGAAGAUGAGACCAUUAAUAUAUGGUGCAGAUCGAAAGUAGUGCCGCAUACAAAAUUUGCACAAGAAGUUGUUCAAAAAUCUAAAAGGCUAUUGACAGAAUACACCAACAGCACCUCUGAAGUUCCAAAAUGGAUCUUUGAAACAAGCUUUGCAUACAAUGAAAAUUUCAACACAAUAUCUGCUAAACUAGAUGUAGCGGAGAUAAUAGUACAUGAAAUGGCACAUCAAUGGCUUAGUAAUGUAGUCACUCCAUCAUGGUGGUCUCAUGUAUGGUUAAGUGAGGGUUUGACGACGUUUUUCGAAGAAUAUAUUCUCAAUCAGCAAACAAUUCUUCAGAAGGAUAUUCAUAUGAAUAUGAGCUCAAUUAUAUUAGAAGUCAAUAGACCCAAUGAAAUUGAAUCACUCUUCGAUACUAAUUAUGGCAAGGGUACGAUAAAAUAA